UGUCAAACUUGCCAGGAUUGGAGGCUUAAUCUCUUGAAAUACCAUCUAUAUCCUCGGAACAUCACAUGGUCUGAACUAAAAUCAUGGGAAUGGCCAAUCGACCUAACACAUAUUGCCGAGGUGUUUAUGAUUCAGGGAUACGACAAAACAAACCUCAAUCUACAGGACGUGACAGUUUCCUGUAACAUUUGGAAGCGUUGUGAUGAGUUUCCAAGAAGUCUGAUUCCCAUAGCAGAUGCUGUUAAGAAUUGUAGAAAUAAGUUAUGCCAUAAUCUAAUGGACUGUGACGAUAACUUGAAGACUGAAAUGUUCACGACACUCAAGGACCUUGUUCGUCACAAUGAUUUAUCACAACAUAUUGGCAUCGCUAAUAUCGCAGACCUUUCCGAGCAUAUUCGUGACCUUGAAAAUGACAUAUUAACCGAGUAUAAACAAGAAAUAGAAGAAACGUUACAAGAGAUAAAAAGAAUAUUAACUGAUAACAAUAAACAAGUCAGUAAACCGUGGAAACUCUUCUAUUCCUUUUUUGUAGUGUGCAUUGCUUAUGUUUUCUACCACUUACAUUACUAUCCGCAUUCAAAACUAAUGCAGGGGAUAUUUACGAUGAAUUGGAUGAGGAAUGAGAUUGGAGAUAAGACUGUAUGUAGUUCUUAGAGUGUUUGCUAGAAGACAUCAACGGGGAUUUUCGAAAACCUUUGAGACUGGAGAUUUAUUUAAAACGCCACAAAGAAUUAGUGGGACGAGACUGGCUUUUUAAUUUGACUGAACAUAAUUUGCAAAAUAUGAAUGCUUCCAAGAACGGCCUUGUCCUAGAAGCCGAUAUGGGUUAUGGGAAAUCCGCUUUUGUCGCUCAUACUGUGUGCGCAGGCAAAAACAGCCAAGGUCAUCGAUUGAGGGAAAUGUUAGUUGCUUUCCAUCUUUGCAAAUUUGAUGUUAUUCUUACCAAAAAGCCUGGAGUAUUUAUCCAAAGACUAGCGUCAAUGAUUUCCCACUUUAUACCAGAAUUAAUGGACACGCUUAAAAUGGACGGUCAAUGUUUCACGCAUUACCUUGGCGAAUUAUGCAAUGAAGACCCACUCGGAUGUACUGAUAUUUGCUUAAUACAUCCUUUAGAAAGACUUAUUGCAAGAGGUUUUAAACCCUCUGCUGUUAAAGUGAUUCUUAUUGAUGCCAUAGACGAGUGCGCAAAUUACAAUGAUGCAGACGAUAAUGCUAUUUUUGAAGUCAUUCGGAAGAAAUUUCACUUAUUUCCAAAUUGGAUAAAGGUGCUAAUGACCAGUCGAAGAUCAAAACAAAACAUAAGAUUAUUACCUGAUUUUGAUGUGAUAUAUUUGCGAAGCAUGGACAAAAGAAAUUUGAGAGACAUACAGUCAUAUUUGAACAAUACAAAUGUCAAAAUUCUUGAACAAACUGCGAGCUUUAUUAUAGCGAAACAUAUGGUUGAAUCAAACAACUUUACAGAAGGGAACUUAAGAAAUCUUAACCGAUUUUAUGAUGACCAGUUUGAAAGAAUAUUUGGAAAGGAAUUUGUAUUAGCAAGAAUUAUUCUUGAAGUCAUAGCCACUACCUUUUGGACAAAAACAAAACGCAAUAUAAUCGAAAUAAUUACAAAGAUUUCAACAGUGGAUGAACGAAGCCUUAACAAUGAAUUCGAAAAGAUUGGACAUUUUUUUAUAAUUGAAAAUGAUACAUUUUCGUUUAAUCACCACUCUGUUGUUGAAUGGUUGGAAACUACGUCUCCUGAAACGUAUAGAAUACGACGAGCAAAUGGUCAUAAGAUAAAUGCUAUGUAUUUACUGAACGUAAUUGCAACAGGUAGGAAUAUAGUCAUUGAUAUCGUCGAUUUAGCUAUACAUUUAAUGAACAGCGAAAAUCAUGAUGAAUCGAUUGAUUUAUUUAAGAACAUAACACUUGAACAAAAAACGCACAUUGAAAUGAACUUUUCUGAAUCACCCUUGAUACGAUGCGUGAAACGUACUGACUGUUCAACCAUACCUAUUGUUCUGUACUUUCAUUUCAACAACACUGAAGAGCUUAGUAGCGAGAAUUUUACUGCGGCGUACAUUGCAGCUGCUACGGGGAAAUUGUCCGCUUUAAAAGGUCUUUGUGAUCAUGGGGCUGAUGUGAAUUUUAGAGUUAAAUCUUACCACGGAACAAAGCUUGCCAACGUUCAUAAUGCCGUUCAAGUUGCUAUGAUUAUGAAGCAGUGGGGCUACGGACUGCUCGAUAUUGCCGCUCAAAAUGGACAUGCACAAAUUGUAAACUUUAUUUUGAGAGAUAAUACUCUUUUCGGCAACUACUCAUACCACAUAUUGAAUGGUAUCAAUUUAAAGCCUGUGCAUCUUGCAUGCAAGUCCGGUUAUGUUGAUACUGUCAAAGAGUUUUAUAUAUACAACAAAGGAAGUGUUGACUGGCAAUGCCUGUAUUUUGCAUCGGACGGCGGGCAUUUAUCUUUAGUGAUUUACUUAGUGAAUAAAUUGAAUAUAACUGACAGGUGCCGUAAGUGUAAUGAAGACCUUACAUGGAUUCCUUCGGGAUGUUCCCGAAUGCAUGGUAGGAAAGUAGAGAUAGUGUCCCUUUUUGACGAUUGGGGUGAUCUGUCAUGUGAAAGUGCACUCCAUGCAGCAGUUCGAGGAAAUUAUGUUAACAUAUUGAGAGUGAUUAUCGCUAGGGAUAGUGGCAGAUCGCUUAGUUGUUUGGAUCGAGGAGGGAGACCACCUUUGCUUUUGGCAAUUCAAAAUUGUCGUAAGGAUAUUGUGAAAUACAUCCUUGAAAAUCACAAGCAGUUUGCACACAUAAGAUAUUCGUGUGGAAAUUCAACUAAGAUCAAUGAUAAACUUAAACUAAAUGAAAAUGAAGAAAAUCUACUGUGUGCUCAGAUAUGUAAACCAGGUUUUCGACUCGUGGAUGUUAUAGCAGAGCAAGGCGAUUCAUGGACUUUCGAAGAAUUUAAUCAGCAUGGAAUAUAUCUGGAUUUUUUCACGCGGGAUGUAUCCGGAUGCUUUCCCGCUCAUACUGCUGCUUGCAGUGGAAAUAUUCGACUUCUAAAGCACUUAAUACAAGACCAAAAGAUGGAUAUAAUGAAUUUGCGAUGUGACAACAAGUCUACACCAUUACAUUCAGCGAUAAUUUGCCAAAGCAGCAUAUCAUUUGAUUUUAUUUUAGAAAAUGUUGACAGUGCUAACACAGAACUUCACAAAUUUAGGUUUGCAUACAUGUGGUUAGCGGUUAACCAAACUGUCUUUUCAUUAAACCAUAAGAAACAACCAUUAUCAUCCAUAAUUAUUACGUUGUUCUCUAUCUUACCCGAUACAGUUAAUGCAUCGGAUCACUUUGGGAGAAACCCUGUAUACUAUCUCAUUCAAAACGGCCAUUCAGAUGUGUUAAAUAAACGUUUUUUGACAGAUAGAUUUAGCUUUGAUACUCUGCUGACAAGAACAGAUUAUUUUGAACAAACACCAAUUAUGUUUUCAGUCAGAAGAUUAGUUCCACGGAACACUUUCGCCGUGUUGUAUGAGCAUUUAUAUUUGGAGAGAGAUUUGCAUUUAAGCGAAUUGCCUACAGACCAGCGGUUCCUAGUUCAAUCUGAAUACACGUUUAUCAUGGUAUUACAAUAUGCAAAUUUAAGGAAUUUAUUGACUAGUUCGGUCAAAACAAGAAUUUUAGGAAUAUUGAUCAAGAAAAGACUGUUUUAUUCAUUUCACUUCUGUUUAUCACAUAUAGUUGGUGAACGGGAGAGGUAUCAAACAUAUGUUUUGAAUUCUGUCUUGGAGAACGACUCUCUUGGGCUAUUUUUAGCAUUCUAUUAUAGGAUGUUUUAUUUUGAUAUCGAUAAAUACUUUAAACAGGGUAUUGACAUCCAUAAAGUAAAACACACUUUUCCAUUUUUGCUUUGCAACAGUUGUAAACGUCUGACCAAAAUUUGUCUUGUACAUAAAAUGGUACAUAAAGCAGCUCAAUAUGAAAAUAUAAACAGCGACAUUUAUGAUAGAUUUGAAAAGAUUGAAAUAAAAUUUAUGCUGAAUAUAAUUUUUAAAACGGUCAACGGCGAUGUCUUAACAAGCUGUAGAAAUGAAAACGGUCAAAACGUUUUAGAUGUUGCAAUUCAACAAAAGUCCAUUAUGUUAACAUCUUAUUUUCUUGACAAAGGAGUCUCGCCUAGUUUUUCACAUGAAUCAGUUUUAUCCAAUGCUAUCAAAACGUCGGUCUUUCGGGAAGGCCGUCAAGUCAGUUUGUAUAAUUCCACUGAUAAUGACACAGCUUUAGAAUUUACUGUUUUAAAAUUCGUGGAAAUUUUGUCCAUUUAAAACAGGUCUUCAACAGAAGAUAC